AUGACUGGUCGGCAAUUCUUCGAACAUCUCGGCAAACCCCGGCGAAUCGUCGCCCCCAUGGUCGACAUGUCUGAGCUCGCAUGGCGAGUUCUCUCACGUCGACAUGGAGCUGAUCUUUGUUACACUCCAAUGUUUCACGCGAGACUCUUCGCGGAGCCACCAGAGGUGAGCGCGGAAAAGUACAGGAAUGGAGUUUGGUCUACUUUACCCGAAGGCGAAGGUCCAUUGAUUGUCCAGUUCUGUGCGAAUAACCCCGACGAGUUGUUGCGGGCAGCAAAGCUAGUGGUUGGAAAAUGCGACGCCGUCGACAUCAACUUCGGUUGUCCUCAAGGAAUCGCAAAGAAAGGCAAAUACGGGGCUUUCUUGAUGGAAGAAUGGGAAUUAGUCUACAGCCUUAUCAACAUCCUACACACCCGCCUCGCCAUCCCCGUCACCGCAAAAAUACGUAUCUUUCCCGACCCAGCAAAAACCUUAGCAUACGCCAAGAUGGUCCUCUCAGCAGGUGCGACAUUCCUCGGUGUUCACGGACGUACAAGGGAUCAGAAGGGUAUCCUUACGGGCGUGGCGGAUUGGACACAGAUCAAGAUGCUCCGGGAUAAUCUCCCACCCGAGACUGUCAUCUUCGCAAAUGGAAACAUUCUCCAUCCAGGGGAUAUCCCACGCUGUCUCGACGCAACCGGCGCUGACGCCGUCAUGUCCGCGGAAGGAAACCUUUAUAACCCCGCUAUCUUUCAUGACCCAUCAGAGCCUCUUGACGUUACGCAUCCUCGUGUCGAUAUGAUGGCGCGGGAAUACCUGAAGAUCGUUGCCGAGCUGAACGACAAAUCCAGCUGGAGUAGCACAAAGGCACACCUCUUCAAGCUCCUCCGCCCCGCCUUCCUCAUCCACACCCAACCUCGAAACACCCUCGGAAAAACCCGGGGUAACAGCAUCGAGGAAUUAAACGCCAUUAUCGACGCCGUCUCUGUCGAAAUCGACAAAGCCAUCGCAGCCGGCGAUGGUACAGGAUUGACAGGCAACGAGCUCGACGAACAUGGUUUCGUGGAGUUGCCGUGGUGGCGGUGCCAACCGUGUCUCCGCCCAGAAGCGCCUGAAGGUGCAGGGAAGAAGCAGAAAAAGAAGAAGGCGGAAAUAGGCGAGCAGAAGGAGAAGUUUGCGGGUGCUGCGGCUGCGUUGGCACUUGAUGCUAAGCUGGCUGAGAAGAAGGAGGAGGCGGUCGCAAACGGUGAUGUGAAGAAAGCCAGGGAGAUUCCCGCGAGUGCCGAGGAGCUCGAGGUUGCCAUGAAUGGAAACAAGAGGGCUGGGAGUCCCAGUCUGAAAACGCCCGAAGAUGUGAAGGUUCAGAGGGUGUGA